AUGACAACAUCCUGUAGUGGUGCACCAUCAACAACAACAAGAUGUGAUACCACAACAACACAACCUUGUCGAACGAGUAGUUCAAGUCUUGUUGUUGUUGGUGUUGUUUCGUCCAAACACAAUACCAUUCAAUCAAAGGAUCGAAUAAUCACCACCACCACUACCACUUCAUCAUUGACCAUAGAAUCAUGGACAUGCGAGCAAGUACUGGAAUGGAUUCAACAAUUAGACAUCCAUCACCACACUAGCACCGCCGCUGCGACCACGACUUUUGAAUGUGAAUGUCGCGAGCGAGAAUUGGAAACUUUUCAAGAAGUAACAACGAGUACAAUGAGUACUACUCCUUGUAGUUUGGCAUCGCCAUCCUCACUCUUGACAAGAAAAGGUCUCCUUCAUCAUCAUCAUGAUCAUCAUCAUCCAUUAACAACAAGUUCUUCCACCACGUGUGUGAAAAAACAUCAUUUACAUUCUCUCAAGGAUGCAAUUCCUUAUUUUAAAUUUCAUUCUUUACUUGGAGUUGAUGUAUUAGAUUUGAGUUUAACAGAGUUGGAAGAAAUGUUUUAUGGAGAUUUUAGUUCGGAACCAUCAAUAGAGGAGGAGGAUCAUGAACUAGAAAAUGAUGACCAUGUAACAGAGAAUAUGGAAUGUCAUCAAUCAUCAUUGUCUCUACCCAUUCCAUGUGAUCCUUCCCAUGUACAUACUCGACAAUUAAUUCAAACCCUGUAUACUUGUAUUUGUAAUUUAAAACAACAAUAUCAAGAAAGGAUGGCUGAAAUGCAUCCUGUUCAUUCACGUAUUCACUAA